UUUCAUGUUUCAUUUUGCAUCUUGGCUGCAAGGAUAGAAGGAUUACAAGCGAAGAAGCAAACAAGCAUACACGCUGAAAAACGCAUUUUUGAAAUCGUGAACUGUAGAGUUAAAUUAACAAUUGAAGACCGUGCUAUUAUUAAAAUAAAUAGGGUAUAUUAUAUUGCGAAAGUUUAUUUUAAAAAUGACAUAUCAACCUGAAGAAUGUACUCUAGAUAUGAAAAAAAAAUUGAAUGAUCUCCGUGUCAAAGAAUUGCUGGGGAAUCAUAUACCGGUUGAUGAAGCAAAGUUGCUGAGCAAUGGAAGGAUCACUUGCUUGAUUUGUGUACAUCGACCAGUUUUCGACACAACCAAUGUAUUAUCGGUUCACAGAAGAGGCAAGCGACAUUUGGCAGAAUUGGAAAAGUUUCUAAAAAGGAAGGAAGAAUUAUCUUUAUUAGACGUGAAAAGCAAACAUUUGGAAACCAAAGGAAAUGUCGAGAAAUCGUUGUUGGGCUGUAAAGCUGCCAAGUUCAAGCAUCUCGAGAUGAAGAGAAAACCAAGACUGGAUGUGAUUGAUUCUAACAAGUUACCACCAAAAAAAAUUGUUCCAAGAAGUGCUACCUCUCAAUUAAAAAGCUACAUCAAAAAAUCUGCCCAGACUCAGUCUUUUACGGAAUUAGUUGAUGAAAUGAGAGAAGGUUCUCUAUGCUCAACUACUAGAACAAUAAUUGGAGAAUUAUCAAUCAAGAAAAAACUUUCCCGGAAAACAGAAUGCCCAAAAACUGAACAUUCGCAUGUUAAUGAAGACAUCGAACGCCGCAUGUCUGGAUGGCUGAAGGAUGCAUCUGGAAAUUGGGUCAAAGACCCUGACGCUGAGUUUGACAGUGACGAGGAAAUGCCCUAGAGUGGGUGACAUCACAUCUCUACGACAACAUUAGUGCAGUCACAUAUUUGUUACCAGCUCUGGAUAUUGUUAUCGUGCUGCACAACCAUGAGCCGAACAAUGGAUCAUCACUUUAUUGAAGUGAACAGUUUGUUUCAAGUGAAUAGUUGAGCGUUCCAGGUAUGCUAAUUACUAGUUACUUUGAUUAAUUGCGAUUACUGGUCAGUUUUUCAUUGUUGAUUAAUACUAUUACAUAUUAGAUCUGAUGCUGUAGGGUUCAAUUUUGAUGAAAUAUUUGUAUGCAGUAUAAAAUUUAAGUAAAUAUUUUUCCAGUAGUUCAAUAUGAGAUUGUUUUUCAAAUGGAUAAAGCGAGACUUCCUUGCCUUUGAAGGAAGCAAAGAUUAGGUAGUGGUAAUCAUGGCUUGCAGAUCUAUCGCAAUCAUGUUGAUCUAUCUUGACCAAAGUAGUAAAAUAGCGAAUGUACAAAUCGGCUUCUUUGCAGGAGAGCUAACAACAGUUCUAGGGUUUAGCCAAAAAUAUUGUACCAAUGUUGUUUAUUUCUAAAGAACUGAUCUCAAAACUUUGAAAAUGCAUUAAUAAAAUAAUAUUAGUUGUUAAUUCUCGAAGAUGAUUCCAUUUAGAUUAGAUUGGAGGUUUUUAUUCAUGUAAGUUACUAUGUAUUCUGGCUUAUACACUAAGGACUCGCCUAUUCUUUGAGGAAUGACUCACCCUUGUGGGUCAUAUAUGAGGAAUUUUAGUGCUGGGAAGAUAGCCUCUCAUAGAAAUAUAAUGUGAUAGGCUAUGAAAUGAUGAUCCCUUUUUUGAAAUAUCUGAUUAUAUUAGCAAAUUAAUUAAUAUUUCGAAAAAGGAAUUUCCAUUUCAUAGACCCCAAGUAUUUCGAUGAGAGGCUAUCUUCCCAGGAUGAAGAUUCCUCAUACAUUUUUAACCCACAAACUUGGGCCAUUCCUUAUAACACUAAUUUAUAAUAAAUCACAUUAAUGCUAAAUUAUUGAAUUUCACAAACUAUGAAAAAUUAUUAAUCAGAAUGAAGACUAAAUUCAAUAAUUUGAAUGUCAUAAUAUAAUAUUGUAAUGUGAAUACAUAAAUCGGCGGUGGUCCAAAAAAUAAUUGUCGACUCUCGGAAAAAAGAUCGAGGUAUCAGGGAUCGAAUCUUGGACCUUUGUUUUUUUUUGUUUGUUAAUGAUCGGCCUGAUAUGAUCGAAGAUUCACACUGAUGUUUGCGGAUGAUGUGAAGGUUUUCAAGGUGGUUCAAACCCCCAGGACUGCUGGUAGGUAGACAUCACAAGUCUACCUACAUUUUUGCACAGAAUAAGAAUUAUCACUUAAUUUUUGUAAUUGUUGUUUUGUUUCUUAUACACGUAAACGGUAUGAUACCAUGAAUCACGCCUACAGCAUUGACAGAUAAUCAAAGUGCAGAUGAAAUACUGAUGGGUCUGAGGCCUUCAACUCUACUGGGAGAUGGUACCCUGUUCAAAGAACAAACUAGAGAAGCAUGCCAAUUUUCAGGGAAAUAUCCGUUCUCAAGAGACUUAUUAAGCAUGAAUGUGAUAGUUGGUAGAACUGAAAAUAAUAUCUCCUUGAUAAAUCCAAUUGGAAUUUUGCCGACCCCAGUAGCAUUGAUAUGAAUGUUCUGUAUUGCUUUAAAAGCUUCAAAAAUUGAAUUGAUCUUCUAAAAAUGAUAUGUUGAGGUCUGUUACGUGAUCAUCAAAGUCAUUGGAAUGUCUUAUUGCUAACUCAUCACGCUGAUUUGAAUGUGAAAUGAAGUUGUUGUUUCAUUGUCUAGUGAUAAGUCAAUUUGAGUAUGAGGUUUAUGUUUACCAAGACCGAAUUCUUACAUACCACACCAUAGUGAUGAAGAAUCUUGUUUUUUGUUUGUCAUAAAUCAAUUCAGGUACCCUAACUGAUCUUCCAAGGCUUCUAUACUGCCCUCGUAAGCGUAAAAGACGUAUCUCAGGAAAUUGUCAUUUUUGGAUAGAGAGGUUUUAGUUCAACUCUAUCCCGCACCAAAUAACCAAAUUUUCAUAUUGAACCUAAUCAUAUUGAAUAGAGUAUCUACAACUAAUUAUCAUGUGAAACUCAGAAAAAGAAUAAUUUUGCAAUAUUCAGGAGAUACGACUUUUUGGCUAAGUGCAUUGAAGUUUUAAAGUGUAGCAUUGAAGUGUAAACAUAAUGUAAGCAAUAAAGUCGUAUCUCAUAUUAUAGAAGUAGAAGAUCAUUUAAAAACCACUUGAACUUGGGAAAAAUAUUGUAUUAGAAAAAAUAAUACAUUAGGAUUGAAAAAUCUUGUAUUUAAACAUAAAACAUUCACAAAAAAUCAUAAAACAUCAAUAUCAAAAAUCAAUACUGUUAUUGAUGAUGAUAUUUAACAUUCUGGUAGUUUUUCCAAAAACUUGAGACGGUUCUUCUUAAAUAAUCCACCAAGAUUAUUCAAUAUACAAAGUUUAUUUUAAAAAAAUACAAGCUUACUCAAAAAUACAUUAGGAGUGAAAAAUAUUGUAUUACAACAUAAAACAUUCACUAUUAAAAUCAUCAAUAUAAAAAAUCAAUACUGUUAUAAAUUAUUGAUGAUGACAUUAUUUAACAUUCUGGUAGGUUAUCCCAAAACUUGAGACAGCUCUUCUCAAAUAAUCCACCGAGACUAUUCAAUAUAUUUUGUCUUUUUUCAGUACUUAUGCCAAUAAAUUUAGUUUUUUUCUGUGGCUUUGGAAGAAUAUCUCUUUUAGUUAUUGAAGCAGAUAGGAAAUUUAGCUCUAUGUAUUCAUCAUUGAAGAAGUCAUUCCUUUACUUGAUAGAUUUCAAUCCUCUUGUAAAGAUGACUUCAACCAUUUUAUCAUGAAGGUAGGGCCUAGGAUUUGUCUUGGGAAACUUGUAUUCUGAAGAGUAGUCUGUCCAUAUAAAGAAAUGUUUCAGGUCCAAGGACAAAACUUAGUGUUAGAUGACGAAUUUUUCACUGCUUUAACAAAAUCUUCGAAAUCAUACAACUUAUUAACCAUUCUCUGCAUUGACAGCUCAACUCUGUGAUGGAAUGAGUCAGCUGCCAUAAAUGUGUGGCCUGGUUCAAAAUAACGUACAAUGAUCUCAUCUCAAGCAAUUUCAUCAGAAUUUAUUAUAAAUAAAAAAAUGAAAACAACGACCAGUUUUUAUUCUGAGCUGUGCAAUGUCAACCCACAGAAUAAUGCGUUUUGCAUCCCGUUUUGUCAAAAAAAAAAACUGAUAAAAUGUGCUAAUCAACCCAUCUUUGGUUCUUCCAAAUGAGGCUUCAUGCCAAACAGCAGCAAAGGGCUUUGAAUGUUUUUGUUUCUUACCUACAGGUACAAAACUUUCAUUGUAUGAAAUUAUUCUGUGUGCAAAUAUAGCUGAUUUAAACAUAUCUAGGCGUGGCAACAUUAUUACUUUCUCCAUGUUAGCACAGUAGAUUACUUAAUUCAAAUAUUCAUCUUUCUCUUUGUCAGCAUUAUAUAAAUUUCUAGAGCUCUUUGCCCUAAGUCGCUACUUCAGAGCUAGACUAUUGUGUUGGAUAGCUCUACAUUAGUGCUGACUGCUGACAACAAAAAACCUAAAAACAAAAAACAUUGAGCUGACAACAUAGAAAAUUAUAAUCCAUAUUGAAUAUAUUGUGUGCAGGCUAUUUGUCUCAUUAUAUAAUAUACUCACUGUCCUGAAACGGUCGUGGUACGUUUCUGAAGAGGUGUCCCAAACUACAGGAUGUUUCUGGACUGCACUUAUUCAAACUUUAGUAUCUACAUUGAAAUCCAUUUUAGUAUACGAUUUUAGAAAUUUCAGAUAAAAUUCUAAGAGCUCUGUCUUCACUAAUUGCCAAGCACAGACUGAGGCAUAAUUGGACGGCUUUUAUAUAAAAGGAACCAACCACCAAAUAGUCAUAAUGGAGAAAAUGAGCUCCAAAGUUCUUGCAUCACUGAAAAAUCCCUUUUCAAACUGCAUGACUUAAAACUUAUAGAUUGAUUAAAACUUGAUUUUUCUUGUCCUGUCAACAUAGAAUUAAUACAAAAUUUCCAAAAUCCAUUUAAUUAUCAUCCUAAAUGGCGUUUGGUUCUGUUUCGAUAAAUACAAAAGGAAUUUAUUUAAAAUAACCACAUAGUAGCUAUGAUAGAAAUAAACAUUUUAUUGCAAAAACUGGUAUUCAAAAUACAAAUUAUAAUAAAAAUUAAUCAAAAGUGAAGUCAAUUGCAGCAUUAUAUCCAUCUAUAUAAUCUUGUAAGCCCUCUUCUGAAAUGAAACCUUUGUAAAAAUUAUGUAAAUCCUUUGGAAUCAGAUGAAUUAUAGUCUGUGUCUUUCUUCUUCUCAAUUGAAAUUUUCUUCCCAUUUGGCCACAGAGGAGUCAGUCUUGAAUGGAGAAGAACAU